UCUCGUGACCGCUGCUUCUCCUCAAACCUUCGUCUCUCUCUCACCUCAAAUCCUCCUCCCUCUCUCUCCUCAAACCCUCCUCCCUCUCUCUCCCUCGUGGAACCCUCAAGCUUGUGAAACCCAAGCAUCGUCGCUGGGGUUACCCGACAACUCCUCAAACUCGCCUCUCCCUCUCUUGCUUAUGACCCCAAGCACCGCCGCCGACCAACUCCGAUCGUCGCCAGAAGCAGAUCGCUGACCAAACUCUGACUCCGACCUCCUCCUCCAACUCCAGAUCCAAAGGGAGCUUGAAUCAAAAUUGUCUGUGGGUAAAAUUUUAAAUUUAAUUUUUAAGAUUGAGGGUUCUUGUUGUUUAAUGAGUUAUACAUGAUUAAGAUGGUUAAUGCUUGUUGGAUUUUAGUCAAAAUUGCUUGUUGGAUUUUUUUGGUUUGCGCGGAGCAUUUGAUUUGUAAAUGGUGCCUCCUUACUGAAGAUGGGAAGAGGACUUGAGCAAAAAUUCCAUCUAGAAUUUCCUGAUCCUGCUUGCUGAGGGCACAAUUACUGCUCUACGGUCUUAAUUAAACUCAAAGAGAUGUAUUUUUUAUUUUUCUCCAGACUGUAGUUUUUUCUCAUAAUCUAUAAAAAUGAUAGGCUUUGGAAAGAGGUGAUACAGUGAGAAAUAAGUAGUAAAUUACAGCUUUCCUUUCAUGAAUCCAGUUUUUUUGAAGUUUGGACUUGUUAUGGGUUUGAUGUAAGAAGAGGUGUGUAACGUGGAUAGGAAUCUAUAUGUUAGGUGAUUUAUACAAGCAUGGUGAUUGAUCACUGUUACUAUCAUCAAUAGAUGAAAUUUUCCUGUGCUCUCAUUUUUGAUUAUAUCAUGUCUGUGCUUUCAUUUUUGAUGUUCCUCUCUAAAGCCGAGUUUGUUGGAUUUUAGUCACAAUUCUGGAUGUUUGUUCUUGAUGUGUUGGUUUGGCUGAGGUUCUACAUUCUCCCUUAGUUCCUGAUUUUUUGGCCGAGUUUGGUUAUAUCAUGCCUGUGCUUUCAUUUUUGAUAGUUUAGGUGAUUGCCUUGUUUAUGAAUGUGUGGAUUGCGUUUAACAGCAUAUUUAUUUUACCCCGACAAGUUGUUGCUUUCUAAAUUAGAUCCUACGUCCAUGGUUGAUUAGGCGAUAAAAUAUAAAUUCAAGUUGGAUUAUUCAUUGACCUUUCAAGUAGAAGCCUUAAUUGACAUUUUUUGCUAAUUUGCAUAACAUAUCUAUCAUAUUCAAGUUAGAAUAGUGUUUAUUUUUUUGCACAGUGGUCUUUGAUGGUUUGUUCUUGAUGUUUAUUUUUGUAGGUAAAAAUUAUUCUUGAUGUUUGAUCCAAUGGAAACUGAAGAUGGUUGCUCCCAUGUUGUUGAUGAAAAAAUCUCUCAGUUAGAUAACUUAGUUGUGCCAAUUGUUGAUGAGCACUUAAAACCAAAAAUAGGAAUGACUUUCGGCAAUUUAGAAGAAGCUAAAAAAUUCUACAGAAAUUACGGAAAGGUCGGAGGUUUUGAUAUCCGUAAUAGCACAACAAAUUAUGGGAAAGAUAGAGAGUUAAUUUUCAAAAGUUAUGUUUGUUCGAAGGAAGGAGUGUUAAAGAGCAAAUCGUUGGAAAUUCGACGAUGUGGUACAAUUAGAACAAAUUGUAAGGCCUUGAUUCGCUUGAAAUUAGACAAAAACAUUGGCAUAUGAAGUGUCUACAAGUUCGUGGAAGAACAUAAUCAUACAAUUACUUCAACGAGUAGAACUCAUUUUCUAAGGGGAAAUCGUGAGGUAACAAGUGCGAAUAAGACAUUGAUAAAGCAGUUUGGAGAGGUGAACAUUCUAACAAACAAGCAAAUGGCCUUCUUUGAAAACUCUAGCGGAGGUUUUCAUAGAAUUGGAUGCAUUGAGACCGAUGUGAAAAAUUAUGAAAGAGAUUUGAGAGAGGAGAGGCGCGGUCAUGAUGCACAAAUGAUGUUGGAUCAUUUCAAGUCGGAACAAGAGAAGAAUCCUUCAUUUUAUUAUGUUUACGAAGUUGAUGAAGAGAAGCGCUUAACUCACUAUUUUUGGGCGGAUGGCAUUGCUCGAAUGAAUUAUCAACACUUUGGCGAUGUUGUCUCCUUCGAUGCCACGCAUAACACAAAUCAAUAUGGCUUGGUAUUUAUGCCGUUUGUAGGAGUAAAUCACCAUUGGCAAAGUAUUUUUUUUGGAUGUGGCUUGAUCCCAAACGAAGAGGCAAAGUCUUUCGUAUGGUUUUUUAACAAAUGGAUUGAAGCAAUGGGUCAUCCUCCUUCAGGCAUGAUUACAGAUCAAUGUCUUGGCAUAUGCAAGGCAAUUGAAACAGUUUUUCUAGAAAUUCGGCACAUGUUUUGCAUUUGGCAUAUCUUGGACAAAGUUCCGGAGAAGUUGGGUAAAUGGGCUUAUAGAACGGAAUUUAUGAAAUCUUUCAAAGAAAAUAUUUGGGACUCCGAGGCUGCUAGCUUUUUUGAAGAGAAUUGGGUUUCAAUUCUUAAAAAAAUGGAUUGGAAGCGCAUGAUUGGCUAAAUGAUAUCUAUGAAAUUCGUGAAAAAUAGGCUCCGGUUUAUCAUAAACCACACUUUUGGGCUGGAAUGUCUAGCAGUCAAAGAAGUGAAGGGAUGAAUGCAUUGCUAAAAAUGCAUGUAUCAAGAAAAAAUUUACUUCAUGAUUUCGUGACCAUCUUUCAAAGGCUCUUGGCGAGACAAAGAGAGGGGGAGCUUAAAGAAGAUCAAUGCACAGUGGAGAAAAAGCCAAAUUUGAAGACUUAGUGGUCAAUGGAAAAACAAAUGGCCAAAAUCUUUACGAAAAAAAAUCUUUUAUAUUUUUCAAGACGAGCUUCAACCUAGCUUAAUGUAUAACAUUGAGCUGGUAAAAGAAAAUGAAAGAGAAAGUACAUUCCAAUUGAAUUUUUGUGGUCAUGAUGAAAGAUUAAGACAUAUUAUAUAUUGCAAAAUAACUAAAAUGGUCCGUUGUUCGUGUCUCAUGUUUGAAUUCAAGGGAAUUCUAUGCUGACAUAUCUUAGCAUAUCUUAAAAUUACCAAUCAUAGUGAGUUACCGGAGCAAUAUAUUCUAAGAAGAUGGUGCCGAAAUGUCAGAAAAAUGGUUGUUCUUAGAGAUGGUAAUAUUAUUGGAGAUAAUGCCAUAAUUAAUUUUGCUUCUCGCUUUAGUGAACUAAAUUGCUUAGCUAAUGAAAUGGUUGAAGAGGGGCUAUCUUCUAAUGACGCAUAUGAAUUAAUGCAUGAAAUGAUGAUGGACGCUAUUAAUAAGGUGCAACGUUUGAAACUCAUCAAUGAUGAAGAAAUUGGACAAGAUGUAGAAGCACAAUGUAGUAAUGCGGAGUGUUCUCAAGAUAUAGUUCAUGAACCAAGUCAAGCAAGAACAAAAGGAAGGACUAAAGGGAAGAGGUUAAAGCCAUUGAGAGAGAUCCGCAAAUACCGGUCUAGGAAAUGCAAAUUGUGUGGAAAGCGACGACAAAAUCAUGAUAGUAGAAAUUGCCCUCUAAAGUUGUCGAGUGAUUCAAUGGAACAAGAUAAUAUUGAUGAAGCCACUGAUGAUUUAGAAGAUUCCUUUGAGGAAGAUGAAGUUCUCACUAUUGCGUGAAGUUUGAUCAAGGUUGGCGGAGUAAAAUUCAAGGACAAGACAUCGUUGGGGAUUGUUUGCUGCCUUGGCGAGAGAAAGGACUCGUUGAAUAAUGUUCGAGCUCUGCUGGUGUUUACUCUUGGUGUAGCUAUAAAACUUUUGAAGUGACUGUUUACUCGUUGGGGAUUGAGACAUCAUUGCUGCGAGUUUAGUUAGGAGAAUUUAUUGACUCUUAUGAUAAUUUAUUGCUGUGAGUUUAUUUACUCGUUGGGGAUUGUUUGCUGUAGUUAUCAACUUGCUAGUUAUCAACUUACUGUAGCUAUAAAUCUUUUGAAGUGACUGUUUACUCGUUGGGGAUUGUUUGUUGCA